AUGAAACGCUCCCGUCGCUAUCGAGAAAUCAAGGAAAAAAUUCCUAACAAUAAAUACUACAACUUGCCCGAGGCUGUUGAUUUUUUACAAAAUAACAAUCCAGAAAAAUUAAAAAACAUCAAAGCCAUUAAAAAGGAAAGAAAAAUUGCUGUAAUAAAAGAAAAUUUACCUGAGGAUAUUUUAAAAAUUUGUCAGAAAAUUACGGAGGUGGAAUUAUUAACCAUAGCCGAAGUUCGACAAAAGUUAUUAGGUCCAAAGGGAAUUUACCCGACUAAAAAAAAUGGUUCAUUAAGCGAAAAUAUAUUGGGAGAAAUUGAGAAAUUUCAGCAAGGAAAAACUGAAAUAAAAACUGAUAAGGGCGGUAACAUUCAUGCAGUAAUUGGCAGUAAUGAUUUUAGUCUUAUCCAAUUGGAAGAAAAUUAUAAAAUAAUACAUG